AUGCUGGUCAGAGUAGCAGAAAAGAUGGGGCAAUUAAAAGUCUUGUCCUGUAAAGCAAACCUGCCUGCUUAUUCCUGCCUUGAACCAGCCCCAAACAUUCUUUCUAGCUUGGUAUACUCUUGGCGCAAGUGCUUUCUCCUUAAUGGCGUCUUGUUUUUGCUGGACGGUGAUUUCCAUCCAGUGAGCAGCGGACACGGGCAUCGCCGGGGAAGGCAAGCACGCUGCGAGCUGGACUUACCAGGCAGACUCUUCCGGAAGGUCCUGGUCACAGCAGCCCCCUGUCAGCACACCACCUUCACUGGGAGGGUUCUAACUAGGGCCUCUCCUGAAGGCCCAGCCUGUUUAACUCCUCCCCCGAGGCUGUUUCCAGUACUGCUGGGGCUUCUGAUUCGGUACUACCCACAUCUGCUCCAGACCCAGGGCUUCAGUGGUUUUUAA